CCUCAAGCUUAAAUAUUAUAUCUAUGUUUGAACACCUUACCACAAAAAUAUUGCCACAAAAUACCAAAUAGAUCCUGUUGGAUAGUAGGAGGAGUUGUUCACCCACAUCAACUUACUAUUGUCAGCUUCUUCCCUCCUUGCUCUAUAAAAUCUUAGACCCUGUUCUUCCAAAACCAUCAUUGUCUUCAGAGAUAUACAAAGGUCUUAAACAAAAAACAAAAGAAUAUACAAAGAUUUCCAACACAUUUGCAUAAAACAAUUCCAAUGGCACACAGCAAAAUGAACAUGGGUUUGGUUUUCGUCGUAAUGGCAAUGCUGUGUGCAGGAGCUGCAGCGCAAUCGAGUUGCACAAAUGUGUUAGUCAGCCUGUCACCUUGUCUUAACUAUAUAACAGGGAAUUCCUCAACCCCGUCUUCAGGAUGCUGCUCAAACCUUGCCAAUGUUGUGAGUUCAUCACCACUGUGCUUGUGUCAGGUUCUCGGCGGGGGUGCAUCAUCACUGGGAAUCAACAUCAAUCAAACUCAGGCUCUGGCCUUGCCUGGUGCUUGCAAGGUGAAAACCCCACCCACCAGUCAGUGUAAAACUACUACCGCUGUUUCCCCAGCAAUCUCACCAGCAGGAACAGAAGCAGAGUCUCCAAAUUCAGCUCCAUCAGGAACCGGAUCCAAAUCCACUCCCUCAACCGGCGAUGGAUCAUCCAGUGGAAAUUCAAUCAAGCUGUCAAUUCCUCUGUUGCUUAUUUUGGCAGCAGCAACAUAUGCUUCAGUUUUCUGAACAUAUUGAUUCUUCAAU